AUGUCAGACCCCAGCUAUCGGUCGGUCGCAUUCUCUUCUCUAUUCAUGGCGCUGACCUUGAGCGUUGGCGUCACCUAUCAGGACACCCCUGUGCCCCUCUGGGACUCGCUGAAACGUCGGUUCUUGCGUCAUUUCAGAGCUCUAUUCGGUGUCGAUGAAAGGUUAGACUUUGCUCCUGUCACGGCCCCGCCUGCGUCGGAUCUGGAGAUACCAGAGCAGCAGCCAGUUCCGUCUGCAAGGCCUGGUUGGUUCAGGCCUCCAGUAGGUGGACAUGUGCGCCCUCCUCCAAAUCAACUUCACGAAGAAUCCGUACUGGAAGACCAUAGCGACGUACUGGAAGACAGCGAUAGCGAGAAUGAUUUCAACGCAGUACCGGCGGAUAGCGCAAAAAUCCAGUAUACGAUGGUAGGAACCAAGCGGCCUAAGCCCCGAUGA